CUCAGGACGCCAUUGACCAGCUUGGCCAUGAGGACAAGUUGCUCUCCAUCUACUUGUCCACCAUGCCUGCCAGGUACCUCUCGAGGCAGCCCCAGUGCCUGGUCUAUGUGAAUCGCUGCCAAGGGACCUGGUGCCAGGGCACCAGGGAGCUGCGGCUGGUUGACGGAGGCAGCCGCUGUGCAGGACGAGUGGAGGUGAAGCAUGAGGGCCAGUGGGGCAGUGUGUGCAGCUACGACUUCGCCUGGGAUGUCCAUGCAGCCUCUGUGGUCUGCAGACAGCUGGGAUGUGGCACUGUGGCCAGGACCUCCCCACACACCCCUUUUGGCCCCGGGGCCGGACGGAUCUGGCUGCACCCCAUCUUGUGCCGUGGCACCGAGACAGCACUCCACGACUGCCCGCACUUCGGCUGGGGUCAGCACUUCUGUGAUCACAAAACGGAUGUUGGGGUGACAUGUUCAGAUGCUGUGGAGAUAAGGCUGGUGAAUGGAAGUGGUCCUUGCGCAGGCAGAGUGGAGGUGAAGCUGCGAGGCCAGUGGGGGACAGUAGCGGACAACGAAUGGGACAUGGAGGACGCUGAGGUGGUGUGUCAACAGCUGGGCUGUGGCUCUGCCAAAAGUGCCCACGGAUCAACUCAUUUUGGGAAAGGAUCUGGACCCAUUCAUCUGGCUUUGGUUGACUGUCAUGGGAAUGAGUCUGCCCUGUGGGAAUGCACUGUUGUGGGAUGGGGGCCAUAUAGUGGCCACCAUGACUGGGAUGUUGGUGUGAUCUGCCAAGGAUUUGUGCAACUGGUUGGUGGGGACGGCACGUGCUCGGGCCGUGUGGAGGUCAGGCAGGGCCGAGAAUGGGCCACCCUCUGCAAGGUCCACAUGGAUCUCAGUGCUGCCAACAUCAUCU